UUUGUGUUUGGUGGGGCUUUGCGUGGGUUUGGGUCAGGGGUUUGUAAUUGAGGCUUUGCAUGAUCACAUGACUGAGUCUGAACUAGCGUAUUAUUUUCAAACUGGGGACAAAAACGCUAUACCUGAGUAUGAAGUAGUAAAUUUACCAAAUGUGGAACUGAGUUCAGAUGAAGACACUUUCCACUAUGAGUUUGACGCUUUUCAAAGACCAAUUCGCUUACAAUUACAAAAAAACAACCACCUGGCUUCUCCAGACCUCCAAACCUUCUUAAUAGAAGACGAUUUCCAGACCCUUCUUCCUGAACCCCCCAAAAGUUGCCACUUUAUUAGUCAAAAUGGCGACGCAGUGGCGGCCAUUAGCUCGUGUGAACCUAGAACCAUGCAAGGACUCAUCUUGUUGGAAGACUCCACCCUCGAAAUUCACCCUCUAACCGAACGCCUGCAAGCCCUUGUAAGAGAGCCCCUUUUGGAAAAUUCUCUCGAUAGUUCAACCCCCCACAUUAUCAAACGGGCCAAUAUGAUUUCACAUAACGAUGACGUUUACCCCUUUCCCAUAGCCGGGGAAAUUAUGCCCUAUAUUAGAGAAGCGGCAAGUCAUAGACCGGCCAGUGCUUUGACUGUAGAAGUAGCCAUGUUUUUCGACGAAGCUGCAUACAAAAUUUUUUCACCGUUUUUGGGUAAUGAUGACAGGAAGUUGCAAGACAUGUUGUUGGCGUAUAUGAACGGGGUCCAAGCGCUAUACCACCACCCGAGUCUCGGCACUUCCAUAGAACUCGUCCUUGUGCGUCUAGAUAUCAUGAAAAAACAACAUUCAAAUAUGCCUCACUACAAUGGUGAGCGAUCUAAACUCCUGGACUCAUUCUGUGCCUACCAAAGUGGCUUAAAUCAGAAAGAUGAUGAAGAUCCGAACCACUGGGAUAUGGCACUCUACGUUUCUGGCCUUGAUUUCUACGCCUACGAAAACGGCCGCAAAAGCGGCGUCACCAUGGGCCUGGCCACCGUAGGCGGCGUCUGCCUGGACAAAUACAACUGCCUGAUCGCCGAACUGGGCACCACCAACGUCUUCGGCAAACCUUACCCAAGCGCAGGCUUCACCAGCGUCUACAUUUUAGCUCACGAAAUCGGCCACAACCUAGGCAUGCACCACGACAGCGUAGGCAACACCUGUCCCAAAGAAGGCUACGUUAUGUCGCCAUCCAGGGGCACCAACGGCGAAACCCAGUGGUCACACUGCAGUGCAGAAGUCGUGUCGAAACUGGGAUGGGCUAAAUGUUUACAGGACUCGGCAAGGCCACCCAAAAACCUAGAUCAUUCGCAUUUUUUGGAUAGCCCAGGCCAGGUUUACACCGCUAAAAGGCAGUGUGAGAUUUUGUUGAGGGAUAAGCAUGCCGUGGUGGCUCCUAAUCAAGAGUUGUCCUCGAUUUGUUUUAAUUUGCAGUGUAAGACGCCGCACAGGAGCGGGUAUUAUUUUGCAGGACCGGCUUUAGAUGGGACGGAGUGUGGUAGUAAGAGGUAUUGUUAUGGGGGUGAGUGUGUGAAGAAGUCGCCUCCUAAACCGAUUAAAGUGGUGCCCGGGGGGUGGGGACCGUGGAAGGAAACUAAAUGUAGUUCAGGGUGUAUUGAGAAAUCAAGGGGGUUCCAGACGAAGAAGAGGGAGUGUAAUAAUCCAAGACCUGUUAGCACGGAUUCGGGGUGCCAGGGGUCCAGUAUAGAGUUUGGAAUUUGUAAAGACGAAAAGCUAUGCAAAAAUAAACGAAUCAGCGUAACCGACUACGCUUCUCAGAAGUGUCAAGAAUUUUCAAAAUUGUUACCAGAACUAGACCCACAAGGUGGAGGUUUGCAAGCACCACAUGAAGAAGGACGGGUUUGGAUGGGUUGCGCCAUAUUUUGUAGACGAGCCGACUCUGGUGGUUUCUACACCCCUCGGAUGGAACUGAAUGACUUAGGGGUUUCUCCGUACUUUCCAGACGGGACGUGGUGCCAUCGUGAAAAGAAUUUAAAUUACUACUGUUUGCAUCAUCAUUGUUUACCAGAGAACUUCCAGUUUUCAAAAGUCGACUUCUUAGACACUUUGGAAGAUUUUCCUUUUUCGCAAAACGCGGGACCUUUGUCGGCUAUUCCCCCCGCUAUCAAAUCGUACUUUUCGCUAAGCCCUGACGGUAAGCCCCUGAAGACGGUUUUGCGCCCCCACGAAACUAACAGUCCGAAGGAGGAGGACUGGGAGACCGACGACUACGUUAUCAUUCCGGAUCGAAGGAUUCUUGACUAAAAACUAUUGUAUUAUUAUCAAAAAUAAAUUAGCA